AUGACAUCAAAUCAACCUCAACAACAACAACAACAGAGUAGUGCUAGUAUAAGUGGGAGUAGUAGUAAUAGUAGUGGUAAUCUAGUCGAACCAAACUAUCAAGAGAUGUUGAUUAAUGGAACCGUCGAAAAGAUGAUACUUAAUCCAAACUCAUUACUCGAUAGACCAAGUCAACUGCCUCCAAAAUCACAAGAAGAAAUACUUAAACAUCAAAGAGAAUAUGAAGAGAUUCAAAAAAAGGCAAAGAAAACUUUGGAAAAAGAAGCAAAAGAAAAAGAAAAGGUAGAUAAAGAAAGAAAAGAAAAAGAGAAAUUAUUAAUUGAAGCAAGAAAGAUAUGGGAAGAAGAGAUUAUACCUUCCUGGGAUAAAAAGAGAGAUACAAAAAGAAUAAAAGAAAUAUCAUGGAGAGGAUUACCACCAGCGGUAAGAGGUAAAAUAUGGAGAUUAUCAAUUGGCAAUGAUCUUAGAAUUACACAGGAUCUAUUUAAUAUAAGUUUGGGACAUGCUAAUAACGCAUUGUUGGCAUUUAACAAAACUAGUAGCUCGAGGAAAUCAUCACCCAAAUCAUCCGAUAUUGCAUCGACAUCAUCUACUCCAUCGACAAUGACACCAAAUGGCAAAACACCUCUGGUAAAUGUAAAAAAGAAUAACAGCAAUCUGAAUCUAUCGGCCGACGAUAUCGACGCUGACGAUGUGUUGGGACUAGAGUCUACGAGCUUGGGAAUGAUCUUGCAGGAUAUCCAAGACACGUUUCCCUCACUACUUAUAUUCCAAAAGGGUGGUCCGUUGCACUCGGACCUCAUCGAUGUUUUGGGUGCCUAUAUAUGCAAUCGACCCGAUAUUGGGUAUGUGCCAGGCAUGACUUUUCUAGGUGCAAUGUUCCUCUUGAAUAUGGAAAAAUACGAUGCUUUCCAAUGUCUCUCUAAUCACAUUAACAAAAAUUGUUAUCGUGCAUUCUUUAGACAUGAUCUUCAAGGUAUACCAAAAUAUUUAAAUGCAAUGGAUGGAACAGUUGAAGCAUUGUUACCAAAAUUACAUAAACAUUUCAAGUCGAUUGGGAUAUCGGCCAAACAUUAUUUGGUGGAUUGGAUCACGACACUCUUUUCAAAGGCAUUGCCAUUGGAUAUUUCGACUAGAGUAUGGGAUCUUGUAUUUAUAGAGGGAGAGGUCUUUAUCUUUAGAACUUCACUUGCCAUCCUUCGAUACUUUAUAACCGAUCUCGAUGGCGCCAAUUAUGAUGAAUGUAUAGACUUGUUUACUAGAUUACCUCAAAGAAGGAUAAACGAAAAUCAAUUCUUUGAUGAAAUAGCUGCCAUUGUUUUGGAUCAGAAAAAAGUAUUGGCUUUAUUAUCUUGA